GCCCAAAAAGUACCGGCCUGGAAACGAUUGGGCCUCAAGCUCAAGCAGCCCGCAUCCGGCGCAGAGAUUGGCGGCCCUGCUCCCGCUGAGGGAUCGAAGCCCAACGGGCAACAACUCCACGACCGGCACGCCAGCGGCCCCGUCGCCAACGCCGCCAACGCCUCCCCGGCCGCCGCCGCCGCCGCCAAAAGGAAACGUCUCGAUCAACAAGCUCCCCCUGCGUCCAGCUCCCCCUUCAAAAAGACCCGCACGGACGACUCGUCCGGCUAUGCAACCCCGACCCUGAGGAAGCAAAAGUCCGUCACCUUUGCCGAGGACGUCAAGAACCCUGCCGCCGCCGAACCGAAAAGGAAGAGCAAGGGCCCGAAGAAGGCGGCCAAGACAGCGACGCAGCAGCCCACCGCAGACAUCAAGCCCUCCCUCGAGUACCUCCGGAACUGGAAGUCGUCCCGCGAGACCUGGAAGUUCAACAAGAACCAUCAGACCAUCCUGAUGAAGCGUGUCUUCCACGCCGAUGCGAUCCCCUCGAGCGAUAUCGCUACCUUCUACGACUACAUCCAAGACCUUAAGGGCUUCACGAGGACUCGCUUGAAGGAGACGGCGGCGGAGGUCAGGAAGGAGGAUACCGACAAAGGGAAGGCAGCCUUCCCCGAAGGCACGCCGGACAUGGACUCGAAGCAGUCCGAGUACGAGAAGGUGCUCGCCGGCCUGAUGCAGCUUGGCUCCGGCUCCGGCUCCAAGAGGAAGCGCUUCGACGAGCCCGGCUUCGUGUCGCAGUCCACAGACGUCGCCAUCACGCAGCGGGUCAUCAAGCGUAUGCGGGCCGAGACGAUACUGGAGGAACUGUCCGAUAGCGACGACAGCGAUGCCAUGACUGUCGAUACCGAGGAGGCUACCACGGCGACCCAAGAGGCGGCUGCUGCCCAGGACGAGACCGUCGACAAGAGGGUCAAGCUCAACGACGGCACGAAGCAACCCACUGCCCGUCGCCGUAAGAGACGUACUAAUGUCGACUCGAGCUCCGAGUCCUCUGAUUCCGAGUCGGAAUCCGAUUCGGACAACGACAGCGACAGCGACAGCGACAGCGACUCGGACGACUCUGACAAUGCGAGCGAAAUCCAGCGUCAGGCUGCUCAGCGCGAGGCCGAGACCUCGAGCGAGUCGUCGUCGUCUUCGGAAGAGGAGGACAGCAGUAGUGAGGAUGACAGCGAUGAAGAAGAGGAG